GCAGCGCCUGUCGGCGGGAGCGGAGUUGGCCGGGGAGGAGGGAGCGCGGGUGGCGGCCGCGGCGGCUCGGGUCGCACUUAGCUCUCCGCUAUGGCCACGUCUCCAUGUAGCAGCAGCGGCGUCUCUUCGUCGUCCUCGUCGGGGUUGGGCGCAGAUGCGGGGCUGGAGAUCCGCACGCGCUCCGUGGAGCAGACGCUGGUGCCAUUGGUGUCGCAGAUAACCACUCUUAUUAAUCAUAAGGAUAAACCAAAGCGUUCCGACAAGACUCUGCAAGCGAUCCAGCGCGUUGGCCAAGCAGUUAACCUGGCAGUCGGAAGGUUUGUUACAGUAGGUGAAGCUAUCGCCAAUGAAAAUCAUGAACUGAAAGAGGAAAUGAGUGUUGCUUGCAUCGAAGCAAGGAGGGCAGGUGAAACAAUUGCAAAGCUUACAGACGUGACAAGCUUGGAUCAUCCAGAAUCUGAUAGCCACAUAACAAUCUUUACAGACAAAACGGGUGUGGUAAAAGCUGCAAGGUUGUUGCUUUCUUCUGUCACAAAGGUGCUGGUGUUAGCAGACAGAAUUGUUAUUAAGCAAAUUAUAACUUCCAGAAACAAGGUUCUUGCAACAAUGGAACAAUUAGAAAAAGUCAGUAGUUUCCAAGAGUUUGUACAAAUAUUCAGCCAAUUUGGAAAUGAAAUGGUAGAGUUUGCUCAUUUAACUGGAGAUCGACAAAAUGAUUUGAAGGAUGAGAAGAAAAAGGCCAGAAUGGCAGCAUCUAGGGCUGUUCUUGAGAAGUGCACCAUGAUGCUCCUAACUGCUUCCAAGACUUGUCUGAGGCAUCCAGACUGUGAAUCUGCUCGUAUGAACAAAGAUGGAGUGUUUCAUCGGAUGAGAUUAGCUUUGGAACAGGUAAUAGAAAUCGUAACUGACUCUAGACCAAACGGAGACAAUGAAAUAGCUCCCAUCAGCAUAUACUCUGGAAUCAAAGAAUUCAAGAAUAAGGUGGAGGGUCUUCGUGAGAAUCUUUAUUUCCUGUCGAAAGAGAACCUUUCAACAAUGCUGGAAGUUAUCCUGGAACACACAGAAGACUUCACAGACUCUGCCUAUACCAGUCAUGAGCACAGAGAACACAUUUUGGAGCUGUCUAAACAGGCUAAAAUGGAACUAGAGCAGCUGGUUUCAGUGUGGAUGCAAGCUCAAAAUCAGAAGACAAAAGAUGUCAUGGAAGACUUGGAAGUAGCCAUUCUGAAAACAUGCCAGUGCAUGAAUGAACUUAAAAGAGAGGUCCACAGUGCAGCAACAUCUUUGGCAGCAGAUCUGCUAAAGUACCAUACAGAUCACAUGGUCCUCAAAGCAUUAAAAAUCACAGGAGUAGAAGGAAAUCUUGAAGCUGUGGCAGAAUAUACUUGCAAGCUAUCAGAGCAGAAAGAGCAACUUGUUGAGAUGUGUCGCUUACUGAGGCAUGUUUCUGGAACAGAGCCCCUUGAGAUUACCUGUAUACAUGCAGAAGAUACCUUUCAGGUCACUGGCCCACAGAUAAUUUCUGCUGCAGAAACACUGGCAUUGCAUCCAUCUAGCAAGAUUGCAAAAGAAAACCUUGAGGUGUUCUGUGAGGCCUGGGAGUCUCAACUGAGUGACAUGUCUAUGUUGUUGAGAGAAAUCAAUGAUGUGUUUGAAGGAAGAAGAGGAGAGAAGCGUGUGUACCUAUCGCUGCCCAGACCAGGGAAGCAUAAUGCAAAUCUGAAAGCAUUGAAGCCAGUCAAACUAGAUACUGAGGAACAGGCAAAAAUUGCAAAACUUGGAUUAGAAUUGCAUCUGCUCACAUCUGAUGUGGAUUCUGAGACAGAAAAGUGGGAGGAUCAGGAGAACGAGAUCGUGCAACAUGGACAAGGCAUGUCAAGUAUGGCCUAUUCCAUGUAUUUAUUUACCAGGGGAGAAGGGCUUCUGAAAACUACUCAAGAUUUAUUUCAUCAAGCAGAGAUUUUUGCUACAGAGGGCACUAAGCUUGCUUCAGCUCUUCAUGCCUUUUCUGAUCAGGUACAUGAUGACGACAAACCUUUGCUUCUGUUAGAGGCUGAAAAACUGAUCUCAAUGUGCAGGCAGCUCCAGAUAACAGCUAAAGCUUCUGUUCAGGGUAAAAGUGCUACAUUUACAAAGGUUGAUGCAUGCAUUCUGAAAACGAGGAAUGUGAUGACUCUCUUAUGCCAACUUCUUCCACUUUGCUGCAAAUUACUGAGGAAGAAUAAAGCAGGAAAUGGCUGUCUUAAACCUGCUCCACCGUGGAGAGAAGACAAAAUACGAACUGGUGCCAAUGCACAUACUCCAGAAAGGAGAGCUGAGACGUUUGGCAUCAAGUCUUUAGAAAAUCAUGUAACAAACAUGACAUUUUUAGAGAGCAAGUAAUCAUAGCACUUAGCAAUGCAGGAACUCCCAUUUGAAGAUAACAUUUGCUGAAUUUUCAACAUGGCUUUCGUUUGUGGAAAGUCAACCCAGGUUCAUUUGAAAUUAAAACUGUUGAGCUUUGUCACAUCUAAUAGAUGUCCCUGUUACUUAGUAAUUACACCACCAACUAGUAUAACUGUUAUGUAAAUUGAUAAUGUGAAUGUCUUUCCUAUGCUCAUUAUUGAUACCAGGUUGGUAGUUAAUGCUUACCAAUGUCUUACUGGAUGUGUCAACCCAAAGAUGCUGCUAAUAGACAUUUUAUAUAAAGAACCUUGUGCUGCAGAUGCUACAUAUAUAUAACACUGCCAUUGAAGUUUGUAAGCUCAUCUCUGGCCUAUUUCAUUCUACUUGAUAAAGCAGAAUCAGGAAUAUAUUCUGAAAGGCUGUAGCCUAAAGCACUGAAAUGUUAUUUUAGUUAUGAAUUAUACCUGCAAUGAAGUAGUCUGAGGAAAAAAAACAAAACUCUCUUUCAAUAGCUGCACCACUGAAUUUUAAUCUCAUUGACAUGAUUUGUAUUUCCAGAAGUCUAUUUCUAGGCAAUGAAUUUCCUUACUGAAACUCUUUCUUUCACCAUCUUUAUUUGUAGAUGGCAGUUGCUUUUAUCUUCUUUUAUAAUUAAAACUUACUGAGCAGAAUUUGAAUUGCA